AUGGCGACGACGGUGCCAGUCAGCGAGGUCAAGAGCAAUACGCGUGAGAGCAGGACGGCUGCGCAUUCGCACAUCAAGGGAUUGGGACUGAAAGGACCGGGUGGUCAUGCAGACACGUCGGGUGGCGGUUUCAUUGGCCAGGCGGCGGCUCGAGAGGCAUGCGGGCUAGUUGUAGACCUAGUCAAAGCGAAGAAGAUGUCUGGACGCGCCGUGUUGCUCGCUGGUGGGCCAGGCACAGGAAAGACAGCACUGGCGCUUGCAGUGAGCCAGGAGCUGGGCACGAAGGUACCUUUCUGCCCGAUUGUUGGCAGCGAGAUAUACUCGGCAGAGGUAAAGAAAACGGAGGCGCUCAUGGAAAACUUCCGGAGAGCUAUAGGCCUCCGUGUCAAGGAAACGAAGGAAGUCUACGAGGGCGAAGUCACCGAACUCACACCAGAGGAAGCCGAGAACCCUCUUGGAGGCUACGGUCGCACCAUAUCGCAUCUCCUCAUUACGCUCAAGUCUGCGCGCGGAACGAAGAAACUCCGUCUCGACCCUUCAAUAUACGAAGCGAUACAGAAGGAGCGCGUGCGUCUCGGAGACGUUAUCUACAUCGAAGCCAACACAGGCGCGGUAAAGCGCGUAGGACGAUCAGAUGCAUAUGCUACAGAGUUCGAUCUUGAAGCGGAAGAAUACGUGCCGAUACCAAAGGGCGACGUACACAAGAAGAAGGAGAUCGUGCAGGAUGUCACUUUACACGAUCUUGAUGUCGCAAACGCGAGGCCUCAGGGUGGUCAGGACAUUAUGAGCAUGAUGGGCCAGUUGAUGAAGCCCAAGAAGACCGAGAUCACAGAAAAGCUGCGGCUGGAGAUCAACAAGGUGGUGAGCAAAUACAUCGAUCAGGGCGUUGCAGACCUGGUUCCUGGUGUGCUCUUCAUCGAUGAAGUCCACAUGCUCGACCUCGAAGCCUUCACCUUCCUGAACCGCGCCCUUGAAUCACCACUCUCACCCCUAGUCAUUCUGGCUUCAAAUCGCGGCUUGACUCACAUCCGCGGCGCGCCUAACCUGCCCCCAUCCGCUCACGGCAUUCCCUCCGACCUUCUCGCUCGCCUUCUCAUCAUUCCCACGCACCCGUACACCCCUGCAGAGAUCAAGUCGAUCGUCAGCAUGCGCUCAAGGACAGAAGGUCUCAACCUCGCUCCUGCUGCGCUCGACAAGAUCAGCUCUCUAGGUGAGAAGGUGUCGUUGCGUUACGCGUUGCAAUUGCUUGCACCGGCUAGCAUCCUAGCCAAGGUCAGCGGCCGGCAAGGAGGCGCGAUUGAAGUUGCUGAUGUUGAGGAGUGUGAGGGACUUUUCUUGGAUGCAGGGAGGAGCGCGAAGAAUCUUGCGAGCACGAAUGGGUUCAUUGCAUGA